CCCACUGGAUGGAAACGAAUCUUAUUGUUGUGGAAACUUUACUUUCGUUGUUACCAAAAGAAAAAUAUGAUAUUGUUGAGUUGGAUACGAUAAGAUUGGGUGAAUUAACUGCUGCACCUAUAAAUAGACCUUACUCCCUUGCGACCUUUCCCUUUUCACAAGAUGUUUCUUACCUUCUUGAAAGCCAACAAGAAGAGUGGGAAGAAGCAGAUGUGUCCUCUUCGUUUCUUCGAAAACCAAGUGAUGAAUAUCACAGAGGUUCAACACAAAAGAAACCAUUUUCUUGCUUAUUGAACGAAAAAACCCGGUGGGAACAAGAGCUACAACAACAGUAUUGGCAAAGAUUUGCGGAAGAAUUAUGGACUGUCGCAGAACACACUAGUUUGACAAACCACGUGGAAUCUACUGGAUGGAAUGAAAAUCUUCUUCAGUGGUGUGAUGUGAAAUUGUUAGAAAGUGAAAGUCAGCUAGCUAAUUCCAGUAACGGACUAUUGGAAAGAUACACUCCUGAUGAGGAAACAAUACGACAACUGGAGAUUGCUAGAGCGCGGUAUGCUUCAGAAAGUGGAGAUUAUUAUGUGAUUGGUGACGAGUCUAGUGGAGCUCCUGUACAAGCUGCUUUAAAACAAGAUACUGCAGCGGCCUGGAAUGUCUUUUCUCUGACUGAGGAAGACUUUAAGUUAUUAGGAAUUGGUAAAGAUGAAACAACUUUUGAAGAGAAUCAAGUAGAUAAAUAUGGGGACAAUGUUCGAAUUUCAAAUAAUAUUUCGGAGGAGCCAUUGGAUACAAAAGGAGACUCGGAAGGCGUUCAAAUUAUCGAAGAAAAGAGACUAACAUACGACAGUCUUCAUGAACAGGUGGAUCGAAUCUUACAGAGCCAACAAAACGAUUUUCAAUCUUUGAUUUUAGAAAGGAAACGUUCGAGAUUCGUGACAGAAGAAGAAUGGGCUAUUGUAGAUAAUGAAAGCGUAUCGGAGUUUUGGAAAUCAGUGCCCAAUCUUGCUUUGGAGUUUCCAUUCGAGUUGGACGACUUUCAGAAACGAGCUAUUCUUCAUUUAGAACGCGAAGAAAAUGUGUUUGUCACUGCACAUACUUCAGCUGGUAAAACGGUGGUAGCUGAAUAUGCCAUUGCUUUAGCUAUGCAACAUCAAACCAAAUGUAUAUAUACCUCACCUAUUAAGACGUUGUCGAAUCAAAAGUAUCGAGACUUUCAAGAUAAAUUUUCCGAUGUUGGUAUUAUAACGGGAGAUAUUUCCAUUCAUCCACAAGGAUCUUGUUUAAUAGUAACCACAGAGAUACUUAGGUCUAUGUUGUACAAAGGAGCAGAUGUUGUUCGCGACAUAGAAUUUGUUGUGUUUGAUGAAGUUCAUUAUAUCAAUGAUGAAGAAAGAGGUGUUGUAUGGGAAGAAGUAAUCAUUAUGCUUCCACCGAGAAUUAAGAUUAUUAUGCUGAGUGCAACUGUUCCUAAUGCUUUGGAUUUUGCGAAAUGGGUUGGUCGAACCAGACAAAGCAAAGUUUUCGUUAUUAGUACUCAAUAUCGACCAGUUCCUUUACAACAUUCAGCAUUUUGGAAAGGCGACAUGAUUACAUUGGUCGAUGCCAAAGGACGUUUCUUGGAAGAAUCUUACAGAAGGAUAUCACAAAUAGUGAAAGAAGAGAAAGCAAAUCGUUUAGGAGGCUCUUUUGGAGGUAAAAAGGGUUCCUGGACAAAGUUGACCAACUUUUUGAGAAAGCAACAGCUGACUCCUACUGUGGUAUUUUGUUUCUCAAAAAGAAGAUGUGAGGAGGCUGCUGACUCUUUGCAAGCUGUAGAUUUUACUGAAGGAGCAAGUGAGAAAUCUAACAUUCAUCAGUUUGUCGAACAUUCGAUAGCAAGACUAAAAAGGGAAGAUCGUCAGUUACCCCAAAUCGAGAGACUAAAAGAGAUGUUAAAGAGAGGAAUUGCAGUACAUCAUGCAGGUAUAUUGCCAAUCAUGAAAGAAUGUGUAGAAAUAUUAUUCCAGAAAGGUUUGGUUCGCAUAUUAUUUGCUACAGAAACAUUUGCUAUGGGAGUGAAUAUGCCUGCACGUACUGUUGUCUUUUCUUCUUUGAGAAAACAUGAUGGUCGUUCUUUCCGAUUUGUAGAACCGGGUGAAUACAUUCAAAUGGCUGGAAGAGCUGGAAGAAGAGGUUUGGAUGCAGUUGGAAAUGUGUUGAUCUAUCUUUCAGAAGAUAUUCCUGAUGCAGCAACUUUAAAGUAUAUUUUGACUGGACCACCCAUUCGAUUGAGUUCUCGUUUUCGUCUCACAUAUAAUAUGAUAUUGAAUCUGCUAAGAGUGGAAGAUCUGAAGGUGGAAGACAUGAUUCGUCGUUCUUUUGGUGAAGCCGCAUCUAAUAUGGACUUGAAUGUAAUGCUCAGAUUACUUAAAAGUGGUCGAAGAAAACUAGAAGAAUGGGAUCAACAGUUGCAUAGAGAAUUGCAAGAUCCUUCCCUUGGAUUGACGUUUGAUGACUUUCAAGAGUAUUAUUUGUUAUAUUGUGAAAUUCGAAAGUGGAACGAAUAUUUUGUAGAUAGAUUAUGGAAUAUUCCGAUGAUAGCUAAUCAAUUUCUUAGUCCUGGAAGAGUUGUUGAGAUUCUGAAUGAUUCAUUUGGGACCUGUAACGCACUUAUCAUAAAGGGACCAGAAAAGCUGUCUAAAAUACAAGAUACGAGAAUCCAACUACAAUCCGAUAAAAGGAUUGUCAUCUCAGUACUAUAUCUUUUAGAUCCCAUUGAUAAUGAAAGGUUCCAAGUAACCAACGAUUGGAUCGAAAAAGGGAAAGUAGGUGAAUAUGAUUGGGUUCUAAAGAGAAUAGAUUUGUUUCAGAUUAUUGCUCCUACAUCUGAACGUCUGCAAAAUACUCAUUCCGCAGUAUUUUUACCUUUGAGAGGCGGAGUAAACUCUAGUGAACUGAAUCGUGCCAUUGAUUUCCUCCGUAAAAUAACUGUGACGUCGAGAUUGAUUCCUAAAAAGCACAUGAAUGUUCAUGAUUUUGAAGUAGAGAAUUGUUGGGAACAAAGAGAGACAUUCAUUGCCAAAUGGAGACAAAGUAAUGUUUCCAAAAGUAACCUUUUUCUUUCCGCUUUACAAUUGUUAGACAAGUAUCAUCGAUUGUCAGAGAAACUGAGUGUUCUUCAAUGGAUUAUGAGUGAUGAGAGUUUGCAAUUGAUGCCGGAUUACACUCUUCGUACACAAGUUCUUCGUAAACUAGAGUUUGUCAAUGAGGAGAAUAUAGUACAAUUGAAAGGUAGAGCUGCAUGUGAGAUCAACUCGUGUGAUUCUCUAUUGGUUGUUCAAGUAGUAUUUGAGAAUGUACUCGACAGAUUGGAUGCUGCAGAGUGCGCAAGUCUUCUAUCCAUAUUUGUCUUUCAAGGAUCUUCUCAAGUCUCAGAGUUUGAUUUGACCCCAACUUUAGAAGAAGCUGUAGAGCGUGUGAGGAAGAUAGCUCUGGCUAUUGGAAAUUUGCAAGCAGAAUGUGGUUUACCUGUUUCUCCUCCCGAAUAUUUGCGACAAAAUCUUCAAAAUGCGCUCAUGCAAGUUGUGUUAUGGUGGGCUCAAGGAAGGUCAUUCUCUGACAUUUGUAGUAUCACCGACGUUCCCGAAGGAUCCAUUGUUCGAAAUAUUAAUCGAUUGGCAGAGUUGUUAAAGGAACUCAAGAACGUGACACGAGUCAUCGGAAACCCCUCACUUUAUCAGAAACUGGAGAGAGCUAACGAAAGCAUUCGUCGUGAUAUUUGUUUUACUGCAAGUCUAUAUGUUUCAUAGAAGUCACUGUAUAAUUUGAGCAAAAUCUAUUAUCUAUCGCAUCCUUGAACUCUAUCGACGAAUGAAUCGUAUCUCAUGAAGAAAAUGGCGAAAGAGUUACACUAGAAAUCUUAUCAAAGCUACUUGUUGUAAGAGAAGAUAAAUAAUUUCUAUGAAUU